AUGAGACUCCACGGCCUCACGCCUGGCCACACUGUUGCCUUGCUUGUGGCAUUCUUCAGCGCAAUCAGUCUGCAUCAAGGAGCACUAGGGUUCAAAUAUCACGAGUUUUGUGCCACUCCUCCGAACGAGAUGAAGACUCGUUUCCCCUUGUAUCGCCUAGAAGUUGACACGAAAAUUGACGGAAUCCCAUGGGCAUACAGACAAAAUAAUACAUUGACUGUCUCUGUGAAAGCCUUGUAUGAAACGUUCAAGAUCAAACAGAUCUUUAUUUCUGUGCCUUCAAUGACAAAAGGUACAGCUGAGAUUCUUCCCAAGAAAAUUCAUCUCGGGGAAUGGAAGUGGGACAUGAAGGGAGGAGUAAUCCCAAUAGACUGCUCCAACCCUACAGGAGGUUUUGGUGGUGCAUCUAACGCUGUUAGAAAUCUCUGGUGGUUCAGUAAUGGUUUCUUCAAUGUGACUGGCGAGUGGGACCCGCUCAACACAAUCAGCAACGCCUAUAACGUGGAUAUGGUUCAGUUUGAAGCCUACGUGUCACCAGACGAGGAACCUUCAACCAACGCUGGGGGUACUGUAGGGCCUGCCCCUGCUCCAGUCAGAUGGGUGAAACUGACCUCUGACAAAUACAUAAACUUAGAUUACAUAGAUCUGCACAGAUAUAUGAGGAUGGUAUUUGGACCCGCUGACUUCCACGGCCUUAAUUUACAGCAAACAUUUGAUACCAGUGAAGUAUAA